AUGGGAGUUUCCUUCUCAAACCUUGUUGAACCACAGAGCCAGUCUCAGCUUCAGUUUUCAGCCAUCAGUCAACGCAAUCAAUCGUUCCUGCCCCUUUAUCCGGGUGGAAGUAAGGAUAGGCUUCAGAUUGUCCCUACAUGUGAUCACGAUACGAUGUGCAACCAUCGCGACAAGAUGAUCCCGAGGGCAAUGCUUCCCGGCUAUGGCUUUAUCGGAGGCGGAUUUUGUCCGCAGCGCCGAUCUAGAUUUGGACAUGACAUUUGGGACGGCGGGUCUGAAUAUGGCCUCAGUCGAAGAAGACCUGACACAAUAUGCGGGUAUUGUGGAGACCGAGCUCAUCAGGGUCCUUGUAGAACGACUGUAGGUGAUGAAAGAAGCGGUGGUUGGAGAAGAUCUCAGAACAUGCGUGGGAUGGAGGGCCAUACAGACUCUGGAGGAGACAUUGCUGCUGGACUGAACAACCUUAGCGCCGCACUGCGCGAAGGUAUCGCAGCUGGAGGCGGGUGUGGUCCAACGUGUUCGGCUAAUGAUGGAGGAAUUCGGGUCAAAGGGACUGUAGGCGACCACGAUGUCGAUCUUAAGCUUGGUGGAAAGGCAAGAUGUCCAUGUGAUGAAGAAGGUGGGUGUGAGCAUAGCCAUAAAAAGGCAAAAAGCAGCAAGAGAAAAGACAAAAGAGGCCGACGAAGAGCAAGACGUCAAGAGCCGGACAGUGAUGUUGACAGCACUGAUGGAGAACAGAGUCGAGGCCGAAGACGCACACCAGUUCCUCUGCGAGGAGGCGGCGGUUCGCCGUCGGGGCUGCAUACUCGAGUGGAACAGCUUGAGGCGGAUGUCAAGAGGCUGAGCAAUCAUUGGGGAUGGGUGAGGAGUAGAGUACCGGGCACGCCGCCGCCGUUUCAAGCAAGGCGAGAUCUGAACUUGCGUGAUGAGACGCCCUUCGACUUACCAGUAUACGGAUUUGAAGGGCCAGAUUUGGGAGGCCCCGCUACGAGGCGCCGACGGAUGGGGAAUUUGAGACACGUCAGUGACAUCGAUGAGCUCCGCCUGCCCCCUCGGCGAGGCUUGACUCGAAUUCCCACGAGGUUUGGAGGAAUCCCAAAUCGGGCAGUUGACACGGACGUUGAAUCUCUGUUUGAAGAUGAUGAGAAUGGGGCGUUCAGCGUUGGUCUCGGUCCCCAAAGGCACAGGCCACAGAUGGACAAAGAGGAUGAUCGACGAGCGGGGGAGGUUGGAGGUUUCGAGGAUAUUGAAGAAGAUCUCCCGGUGCGCUUUCAUCGCAGCAUGGGGAUACGGGCGUCCAGACGGCUUCGUGGUCGACACAGAGGCGUGCCUGGGUGGCGCGGCAUGGUAAGAACGGCAAGAGACGAAGCGGAACGUCGUCGUGAGGAGGAAAUGUUUGGGGGCUUGCGAGCACGGGGUGAGAGUGACGAAGCAAAUUGGGAGUGUUAG